UGCCCUUGAGGUUUUUCUUCCAUGGACUUGUUUGCUCACUUUUGAACUAGUGGGCAGGAGAUAGCUGGAAAGUGAACUGGUUGAAAUGGGGGUUCAUGGAAAGGAAGAGAUGGGAGAAAAGCCUUUCGAAGCUUUCAAGAAGAGAACUGUUCACUUUCGUUCAGACUGGCAGAUGGGGCCAAUCUUUCAGUAGUGGAUUGCUGUUGCUGGAAGUUGAUAGUGCUCCUGUAACUAAUAGGAUGGUGGCGACAGACAAGGUUGCGGGAAAGCUGAGCUCUACUCUCUCAUGGGUGAAGAACACUGUAUCACACACUGUCAGUCAAAUGGCCAGUCAGGUGGCAAGUCCAUCUGCCUCAUUACACACUACAUCCUCCUCUACCACUCUGUCCACACCAGCAUUAUCGCCAUCCUCACCAACACAACUGAGUCCAGAUGACUUAGAAUUACUGGCUAAACUUGAAGAACAGAACAGACUCUUGGAGACUGAUAGCAAAUCCUUGCGAUCAGUAAACGGCUCAAGAAGAAAUAGUGGAUCUUCUCUUGUAUCUAGUUCAUCAGCUUCUAGCAAUCUCAGCCAUCUUGAAGAAGACUCAUGGAUCCUGUGGGGGAGGAUUGUAAAUGAAUGGGAAGAUGUACGGAAAAAGAAAGAAAAGCAAGUUAAGGAGCUUGUUCGAAAAGGGAUACCUCAUCAUUUCAGAGCAAUUGUUUGGCAACUCUUAUGCAGUGCUCAAAGCAUGCCGAUUAAGGAUCAGUAUUCAGAGCUGUUGAAAAUGACCUCUCCUUGUGAGAAACUAAUAAGAAGGGACAUUGCUAGAACAUACCCUGAACAUGAUUUUUUUAAAGAAAAAGACAGCCUUGGACAGGAGGUUUUAUUUAAUGUAAUGAAGGCUUAUUCUUUAGUGGAUCGUGAGGUUGGAUACUGUCAAGGAAGUGCUUUUAUAGUGGGAUUACUGCUUAUGCAGAUGCCAGAAGAAGAGGCAUUUUGUGUGUUUGUUAAAUUAAUGCAAGAUUACAGGCUACGAGAACUGUUUAAACCGAGCAUGGCUGAGUUGGGCCUUUGUAUGUACCAGUUUGAAUGCAUGAUACAAGAGCAGCUUGCAGAGCUUUAUGUGCACUUUCAGUCUCAGAGUUUCCACACUUCUAUGUAUGCAUCAUCAUGGUUUUUAACUAUAUUUCUUACAACUUUUCCACUACCAAUUGCAACAAGAAUAUUUGAUAUCUUUAUGUCUGAGGGUUUAGAGAUAGUAUUUCGAGUAGGUUUAGCAGUUCUUCAGAUGAACCAAGCAGAGUUACUGCAACUUGACAUGGAAGGAAUGUUACAGCACUUUCAAAAGGUCAUUCCACAUCAGUUUGACAGUGGUCCAGACAAAUUAAUCCAAGCAUCUUACCAAGUCAAAUACAAUGCAAAAAAGAUGAAAAAGUUAGAAAAGGAAUACACUACAAUAAAAACAAAAGAAAUGGAAGAACAAGUGGAAAUUAAAAGGUUACGAACUGAAAAUAGACUCUUGAAACAGCGCAUUGAAACAUUAGAAAAAGAAAGUGCUUCCUUGGCAGAUAGAUUGAUACAGGGACAAGUGACAAGGGCCCAGGAGGCUGAGGAAAACUACCUCAUAAAACGGGAGCUGGCCACCAUCAAACAGCAGAGUGAUGAGGCCAUUACUAAACUGGAGCAAGCUGAGAAUACCAUCAGGGAGCUCCAGCAGCAGCAGCAAUGGCAUAAAUGCAGUUCACGCUACAGUGAAGACUUUGUGCUACAGCUGGAAAAAGAGUUGGUCCAAGCCAGGCUGAGUGAAGCUGAAUCCCAUUGUGCCCUGAAGGAGAUGCAAGAUAAAGUUCUAGAGAUGGAAAAGAGGAACAGCUCUCUACCUGAUGAAGAAAAUGUUGCUAGACUACAAGAAGAACUGAUUGCAGUAAAAUUAAGGGAAGCAGAAGCUCUGAUGGGUCUCAAAGAACUAAGGCAGCAAGUCAAAGAUUUGGAGGAACACUGGCAGCGUCAUCUAGCUCGCACAACUGGAAGAUGGAAAGAUCCUCCCAGAAAAAACGCAGUGAAUGAACUACAGGAUGAGCUCAUGACGGUCCGAUUGAGAGAAGCAGAAACUCAGGCAGAACUAAGAGAGAUCAAACAAAGAAUGAUGGAGAUGGAAACACAGAAUCAGAUCAACAGUAACCAUUUACGGAGGGCAGAACAAGAGGUUACCACCCUACAGGGGAAAGUACAGUAUCUUUCUGCACAGAACAAAGGACUUCUUGCUCAGUUGAGUGAAGCAAAACGAAGGCAAGCAGAGACUGAAUGCAAGAGCAAAGAAGAAGUGAUGGCAGCAAGGCUCCGCGAGGCAGACCGCAUUGCAGCUGUGGCUGAACUCCAGCAGCAUAUUGCUGAACUAGAAAUCCAGAAAGAAGAAGGAAAAAUUCAAGGACAGCUUAAUAAAUCUGAUUCUAACCAGUAUAUCAGAGAACUGAAAGAUCAGAUAGCCGAGCUGCAUCAUGAGUCAGCAUCAGAUCAAAUGCCUAAAAGGCCAGAGAGACUUCUCAGACCAACCCACUUUUGAUGGGAUUCACAUUGUCAACCAUUUCACAGGAGAUGAUGAAUCAUUUCAUUCUUCUGAUGAAGAUUUUAUAACUAACUCCAUACAGGAGAGUGGGAUGAGCUUUCACCUACAUAGGAGGACUGGUCAGAUGGCUUUGGAUCCAACAGUUGUAGACAGCAGCGACAGUGAUACUGAGGAAAGCGCCCUCCAGACUGGGAAUUCAGGCAAAGUUAUUUCCAAGCAGAGAAGAACGGAGUCUUACUCUACUACUGUGUGAUCAUCACUGUGACUAGAAUUGAAGACUUUCGUAUUUGUUUAAGGGUUAAACUGUCAGAAAACUUGAAAGUAUCCAGCAGUUGGUUUAGGUAACUAUUGGAUCUUGUCUGGCCUGUAAUACAGACACACGUACUGUCCAUCUGCCUUCUCUCUUUGCCAAAUCUCGCUGAUGACAUACCAUUGCCAUAGAACAAGCUAGGAAGAAGUUGAUGGAUGACAAGUUCUAACAGUAUUACUGAAUGUUCCUUGUUUCAGAAAAUGCAAAUAUAAAUUUCCUUAAUGCAUAUGAAACAUUUUUGCUGUUCACAAACACGGGAAUUAUUUUCUUCAAAAGAAAUUGCUCUUGUGCAAUAUUUUAUGCUCUGAACCACUGUAUAUUUUACAUUGUUAUCCAUUUGCGAUCAAGAUGGAUGCUAGCAAACCAUCUGAUCAUGACAUA